GAAUCCAUCAUACAGGCCACAGAUCCGAGACGGCCGAGACCACGCCACCACGGUUAAUUGUGCCGUUUGCGUCGUUGCCCGUCGGCUAUAGUUCGAGUCUCGUACUCUCGACUUCUCGAGUCUCGAUUCUUUUCGUGACCGGAGCCGAAGACGCAACAUGUGCUUUUCGGCAUUAUCGAUCGAGCAAUUAUUACGUCGUAAAUUAUAGCUUUUUUGGAAAUAAUAAAAUCUAAUUUAACUUCGCCGAAGUAUCGAGCUUAAGUUUUUGUAAUAUACCCUCCUACAUAUUAUUACAUACGUAUAUUUUGCUGAAAAAUGGAGAACGAUAACAAACACCCGCAGACCAACGGCUGCUUGCCAAAUGGGCAUAAUAACAUUAAUAACAUAGAAAAAGUUGCUACAGACAAAAAUAUGAGUCCUGAUUUAAAUGGCUGUGAUACGGGAGCUAUGUUUGUGAUGGAAGAUGAAGAUCAUCAAACGGUAUUACUAAAUACACUUAACAUGAUGCGCAAAAGUCGAACAUUUUGUGAUGUUAUAUUAAAUGUGGGCAAUUGCGAGUUACACGGUCACCGUGCUGUGUUGGCCAGCUCGAGUCGGUUUCUGAUGGAGAUGUUUAGCACUGAUGAUGAAGAAAAGAAAGGUUCACAACGAGAAGCAAUAACAACAUAUACACUGAAUGCCACUGGUCCACUCAGCGAUUGUUCUGCUGUUGAGAAGCUCAUCGAAUACACCUACACAUCUCGUCUAGAAGCAAAUGUUUAUCAAGUAAAAUCAAUAUUUCAAGCAGCCUGUUACUUGAAAAUGGACCGUAUCGCAAAAGAAUUAGCUCGUUUCAUGCUGAAAUACUUAAAUGUCGAUAAUUGUAUUGAGAUACGUUCUCUUCCUUGUAUAUCAACAAGCAUAUCUUUUAUAAAUCAAGUUAACUCAUUUAUAUCAGCACACAUGAAAGAAAUUGCUGAGACUUCAGCUUUCCUUUCAUUGCCAUGUAUACAAAUAGAGAUUUUAAGUCAAACAAAACAAGAGAUGUCGUUGAGUACAGGUGAUUCUGUAUCUCAGUUAGUAUUAGAUUGGAUUAAACGUUGUUAUGAUGAGAAUGAACCAGCAACAUUCUUUAAUGGACUUAUGGAAAAAACAUAUAUGUUAUACUUGGCAUUAGAUAACAUAUUACAAGAUUGUUCAGAACUUCCAUCUGGAGAGUUAAGUGAUACUGAAAUUGUACAGGAUUAUAAAAAACUCUCCAAGAAAUCAACAUCUAUUCCUAAGAAUAGACGUAAAGGUCAAAUACAACCAGCUAAAUCUAGAGUUUUGAUAUGUAACCGUGAAAUGCAUGAGCGAAGAGAAAGUUUUAUUGAUAGUGAUUGGACUAUACUUGGUGUCACUUGUGUUGGAGAGCAUACCUUUUCUGCUUUGGGUUCACUAAAAGGUCAAUUGUGUUCUUUGAGCAUAAAAUUAAAACUUAAUAUAUCUAUGUUAUCAAAUCCACCUUCUACUCAACCAUCACCAUUGCAUAGCCGAGCUGAGUCCCAAGAAUCAUUGCCGGAUCUUUAUUGUGCUUUAGCUCACAUGACAUCUGGGAAAUGUGCAAUUGGUUGUGCUAAUCUUAACAACAAUCUAUUAGUAUGUGGAGGUUAUGAUCGAAUUGAAUGUAUAAAAAACGUAGAGUCUUAUGAUCCUGAACAAAAUGUUUGGGAAACUUUUGAACCCAUGUGUGAAGCACGUGGACGGUUUAAUAUAGCAGUACUGAAUAAAAAGGUAUAUGCUGUUGGAGGAUGUAAUGGAACUACUGAAUUAUCUACAGUUGAAUGUUAUGAUAUGAUUAAAAAGAAGUGGAUUCCUGUGACUUCUUUACCACUUGCUCGAUCAAACACAGGUGUUUGUGAGUUGAAUGGUAAAAUAUAUUGCAUUGGCGGAUGGAAUGGUCAAGUUGGAAUUAAACAAAGUGAUGUCUAUGAUCCAAAUACAAAUAAAUGGACAAGUAUUGCUCCAUUGCAAACAGGAAGAAACCAAGCAGGUGUAUGUGCAAUGAAUGGUAAAGUGUAUGUUGUGGGUGGUUGUGAUACUUGGAAUUGUUUAAACACUGUUGAGUGUUAUGAUCCUGAAACAAAUUCAUGGUCAUUUAUUAAACCAAUUAUUACACCUAGACGUGGUUGCGGGCUUGCGCAUAUAAAAGGAAAAUUAUAUGUUGUUGGUGGUUCUGAUGGAACUCAAUCACUGUGCACAACUGAAAUAUAUGAUCCAGAUGAAAGAAUGUGGAGUCCAGGUCCAAACAUGACUACACCUCGUGCAAAUGUAGGAGUUGCUGUAGUUGGGAACAGAUUGUAUGCAGUUGGAGGAUUUUCCGGUAAAAAAUUCUUAAAUAGUAUUGAAUUUUUGGAUGAAUCCAUGGAUGAAUGGACUCGAUUUAGUCCAAGAAAUAAUUGUUCAAAAUCAGCAUCUCCACUUCCAACAACUGAUGCAGUCUGUAAUUUUAAUGAUUGUGAAUUAUUAAAUGGUGUCUCAGAGUAAAGAAAAGAAAAUAAUUUCUUUUUAUACAUACAUACAUACAUAUAUAUUAUUAUUAUUUUUUGAACAUUUUGUAUUUAAAUAAUAUUUAUUUUAACAGUGUUGUCAUUUUACAGCGCUCACUAUAAAUUCCCCAACUGACCCGUCAUUUGGGAUAACUGGAAAAAUUAUGUAUUAUAAUACCUAAAACUUCUGACCAAUCUAACACUAUCAAAAUUUUCUAUAAAAAAAAAAAAAUUAUUUUCUUAAUUUUUUUACAGAACAAAUAAUGUAUAAUCUUUUUAUUAUACCCAAUAAAUCUUUAAAAUAUAAUAUUUUCAUAGUUUACCAAAAAUAAUUACAUUUCAUAGGAAAAAAAUCAACAGGUAAAAUUAAUUAAUUUUAACCAGUUGUUUUUAAAUCCCAUUCCAAUGUCCCAAUAUAUAAUAAUACCAUACGUAAUUACAUGAACAAUGCUAUAAGAUGUAAAUUCCUGUUUGGUUAUUGUCAAUUUUUGAACAUGGUAUUAAUGAAUGGUAAAUAAUAUAUGUGUGAGCAUGGAUAAUUAUGGAAGUUUAGUUAUUAAUAAUUAAUAUAUUUCAACACCCAAUUUCAACUAAAUAGGCUAUUUACCAAAUAAUUAAUAAAUAAUAAACCAGCAAUUUAAAUAAUGAAUAUAUUUAUAUUAUUUUUAUGGUCGAGUACUUAUGUAUAGUAACAGAAGAUGUUUGAUGAUUUAAUUCUUAAUCUUGAAAACAAUUUCUUAGGUGACAAUCCAUAUUUCAAGAAUAAAAUAUUUAAAAAAAUGUAAAUCUUAAAAGGUUCAAAUACAUUUUAAAAUACUAGUGCUUUAAGAAUGUACUGGGUAUUUCAUAAUUUAUUGUAGUAGCUAAAGGAAAUACAUUUAAAAUAAAUUAAACACAAAUAUUGUUACUAACUAAGAAACAAAAAAUUCUGAUGUAUUAAUUAUUGAGAAACAUCACUUGUGGUUUAGUUCCUGAAUGUAUUUUAUUAUUUAAAAAAAUAAUUCAUUAUAAGCAAUAAUUAUAAAACAGAAUUUACUACGUUUAAUGAUUGUCAAACAAUUGUACAUUUUUAUUUAUUUUAUUGGUUUUAAAAAUCAUCGAAAUUGAAAAUAAAGUGAAAUGUGUUAAAUUAUUA